ACCACCCUUCGAACUCGAAGCCUUUUGUGCCACAUACCUACUCGUUUCAAUUUUUUGCCUACCUUUCAACUCCCGACUACACUUCGAACUCCCUUGGACUAUUGUCCCCCCGAAACCGAACCAUCCUGACCAGCACGCUCCCCUUUCGUCCUGGCCAAGAUGAUGCCGGCACCUCACGUCUACGGGCAUCAUCAGUAUAAUCCGCAAGCGGAUUCAUCCUGGAUGCACCAGCAGUCAACUCACCAUCAACAUGCACAACAAGCUGCCGCCGCCGCCGCCGCUGCUUCUGCCGCCCAGCAGCAACACUAUAACCGUCUGGCUGGCGCCCAUAACACCGUGGCAGCGCUCGCCGGUGCUGCCCAUGGUCAAGAUGCCGCCCAUGAGAACAUUUCCGAAGACAACCGCCGCACCAUGGCGUACAUUGCCGACCUGCUCAACGAAAAUACUCGAGAAGCUGCCCUGUUGGAACUAAGCAAGAAGCGAGAGCAGGUGCCUGAGCUGGCCUUGAUUUUGUGGCAUUCGUUUGGUGUCAUGACAUCCCUGCUCCAAGAAAUCAUCUCGGUCUAUACGCUGCUGAGCCCCUCUCAGUUGACAGCCGCCGCCUCCAACAGGGUUUGCAAUGCGUUGGCACUCCUGCAGUGCGUCGCGUCUCACAACGAUACUCGAAAUCUCUUCUUGAACGCUCACAUCCCUCUAUUUCUCUAUCCGUUUCUCAAUACCACGUCCAAGUCGAGACCCUUUGAAUACCUACGUCUGACUUCGCUCGGCGUCAUCGGCGCCCUUGUUAAAAACGACUCAUCCGAGGUCAUCAACUUCCUCCUCACUACAGAGAUCAUCCCGCUCUGCUUGCGCAUCAUGGAGACUGGCUCGGAACUGAGCAAGACCGUUGCCAUCUUCAUCGUCCAGAAGAUUCUGCUUGAUGAUAGUGGCUUGAAUUACAUCUGCGCCACCUACGAGCGGUUUUAUGCUGUCGGCACUGUCCUGAGCAAUAUGGUUGCCCAACUCGUCGAGCAGCAGACCGCUAGGCUCUUGAAGCACGUUGUACGAUGCUUCUUACGACUCAGCGAUAAUGCCCGAGCUCGCGAAGCACUCCGACAAUGUCUACCAGAGCCUCUUCGAGACGCCACCUUCUCCAACGUACUCCGAGACGACGCCGCCACGAAGAGAUGCCUCGCCCAGCUACUAAUCAACCUUUCCGACAACGUGGUCGAACCCGGUGCUGGCAACCAUUCCGGCUUGUGAUGAGCCCGCCAGCUCCCUUUCUUGGCCUAGAUUUAUCUAUCCAUCGAGGAUUUCAUCCACCUGUACCAUUACGCAUGAUUCGGCGACGAGGAGCAACGGGCAUUCUGGUUUUCUUUUCCGGUCAUGGCUUAUCUAUAUCCAACCACUUUUUCUUUUCGUUUCGUUUCGUUUCGUUUCUCUUUUUUUUUUUCUUCUCUUCU